AUGAUUCAAGAAUAAGAACAUGUUGUUACAUUAGUUAUAAACUAAUCAAUAGAGAUGGGUGAAUUUGGAAUACAAGAAGCAAUACAACUAUUUGAACUCUAUGGAUUACCAUAUUAAGAAUUAUUCAAGGAAUAUUUCCCUAUAAAUUAAUUUCCCAAGAAAUAUGAAAUAACAUCUCAAACUUUAUCAAAUUAUCCUUUUGUUGAUGUACAUUUGAAAGAUCUGGAUUUGAUCCCAAAAGUGUUGAGUCGAUCAAUGUUGAUACAUGAUAUCUUAUUCACAAUCAGUAGAGGUAAUACAAUUGAUGAGUUACCAAAGAAUAUCUUACCUUAGGCGAUGCAAUAUAUAUAAAACCCAAAUCUAUCAUGCAAAUGUGAUAUUAUAACAUCUUAUUUUAAAAUUACUUAGGAGAAGAGAGUUGAAUUAAUGGAGUAAGUUUUUGGAUAGAAAGGAUUUAAUUGUUAAAAUACGAUAAAUUUAUCAGAGCCAGACAUUCUAUAUUAUUUGAUAAUUACUAAAGAUUAAAAAUAUAUUGCUGGUUGUACUUUGGCAAAAAAAAAGAAGAGAAGAGAGAAGAAUUUUGCAAGAAAUUAUGAAUUGCCGAAUAGAAUAUAUUUAGGACCAGUUUCAUUAGCUCAUGAUUUGGCUUUUUUGAUGGCAAAUCAAGCAAAAGUAUAAGAGAAUGAUUUAGUAUUUGAUCCUUUUGCAGGAACAGGAAGUUCUUUAGUUGCUUGUUCUCACUUUGGAGCAAUUUGUUUUGGUUCAGAAAUAGAUGGAUAUGUAAUAGAUAUAUAUUUAUUACUAGUUGAUGAAGGGACAUUGUAUUGGAUAUAUAAAUAAGAAGAGUACUUAUUUGAAAGAUCCAAAUUAUAAAUAAGUGAAACCUUACAUAAAUUUAAACUUUCAUUAAUACAAUCUUCCAAUUCCUAGUUUGAUUUAAGCAGAUGUUCAUUAAGCUAAUUUUAAUCCUAGAAUUGAUUCAUUCUUUGAUGCUAUAAUUUGUGAUCCUCCUUAUGGCAUUAGAGCUUCUAUUCAAUAAGAUGGGAAUGAAUUGGAUCUAUAAGCAAAUAGAACUGCUAUUUAUAGAAGAAUGUUUGAAGUUGCUAAAAGAGUAUUAAGAAGAGGAGGUAGACUAGUUUAUUUGUAUCCUUUAUUUAAGGGAAUGGAAAAAAAAGUAGAAAAAGAAGAAGGUUUUGAAUUAAUUGAUUUUCGAGAAUAAAAAAUGGUUGAUAAAAGAAGUCGAUUAUUAGUUACAAUGGAGAAAUUGUGA